AUGGCCGAGAGACUAUCGGGAGAUAUGCCAAUUACCAUGGAUGUCGAUGACGAAGGGGCACACGUCCGCCAGGGGCUCAACUUCGCCUACCGGAACAACCCGAAAAUCUUUGAAAUGGACAACAUCGAGAUGAAGGUGGCCACCGAGUGCAAGGAGGCAUUUGCCGAGCUGCAGACGUCGUUGAACGCGUACUCGGCCGAGUUGCCGCUGGGCUCGUCGAUGGUGCCUUUCUUGGAGUACAAGGAAUACGCGGCCAGAGUGUUGUUCCCAAAUCUGCACAAGCACCCCGUACUCCGCGAACUUGAGGUGGACAGCACGAGGGCGGCUGCGGUGGAAGAAUUCGCUGAGGAGUUCCACAAGCUCAUCCUCAACAAGACGUUCCUCACCACCUGGGUGCGCGUCAUGGAGUCCAACAAAGGUGCUGGAUUG